AUGGGUCUAUCUCCCUCGGGAAAUCACCAUCGCCGGCGGAGCUCAAUGCUCACGGCUACCGGGGGUCCCUCACAAACAGGCCCGACCGAGCAGAGGGAUGACAAUCCGCGGAGCAAUGGCGAUUCGGUCAACUAUAAACGGGACGAACAAAAAGCCGCGGAGGACGCCGACGUGUCCGAUCUUUCGUCAAUCGCCGAGAGCUCCGACGACGACCUUCAAGAUGAUGAGGAGACCGGUCUUACCUCAAAACAGAGACGCCAGAGACGGCGACGAAGAAGGCAACGGAGACAGUUGGAUGCUCGGAUCGCCGGGGUCAAGUCUUCCAAUGAUGUGUUCUCGGUUGGACUGGCGGAUAGAAACGUGAUGAGGAAGUUGACGGUCAACGCGGGGUUGAUUCUGAUGUGGUAUUUUUUUUCGUUGGCGAUAUCAAUCUACAACAAAUGGAUGUUUUCCGAAGAUGAUGUAGUUUUUCCCUUCCCAUUAUUUACCACCAGUCUGCACAUGCUCGUCCAAUUUACACUCGCAUCGUUCCUCCUAUAUAUGAUCCCUUCGCUUCGUCCACGGGCACCUUCAUCGACACCUUCCGGGUCACCCAUGAGACAGCAAGAUGCGUCCGAUAAUAGUGUCCUUACCAAGGUUUUCUAUUUCACGCGCCUAGUCCCCUGUGGUGCAGCGACUUCCCUUGAUAUCGGGCUGGGAAAUAUGUCUCUGAAGUUCAUCUCUCUCACAUUCCUCACCAUGUGUAAAUCAUCGGCUCUCGCCUUCGUCCUCUUAUUCGCUUUCCUCUUCCACCUCGAAACCCCGUCGGUCAAGUUGAUUUUCAUUAUUGCGACAAUGACUGUCGGUGUUGUCAUGAUGGUUGCAGGUGAGACUGCUUUCAACAUGAUUGGCUUCCUACUAGUUAUCGCCUCUGCUUUCUUCUCAGGCUUCCGAUGGGGCUUGACACAAAUUCUUUUGCUGCGGCAUCCGGCCACGGCCAACCCUUUCUCUACCCUCUUUUUCCUUACCCCUGUCAUGUUCUUCUCUUUAAUCACCAUCGCGCUGGCCGUGGAAGGGCCCUCCCAGAUAUUUACUGGCUUUGUCGCUCUUAGCGACGCUCAUGGUGGUUUUUUUGCGACCUUUCUCCUCAUUUUCCCGGGUAUCCUGGCGUUUUGCAUGAUUUCGUCCGAAUUCGCACUACUCAAGCGUUCCUCCGUGGUCACAUUGAGUAUUUGUGGUAUUUUCAAAGAAGUUGUCACGAUUAGCGCAGCAGGCGUGGUCUUCCAUGAUCAGCUCACGCUUAUAAACAUUGUCGGUCUAAUCAUUACCAUCAGCAGCAUCGGUACCUACAAUUAUAUGAAGAUCGCUAAAAUGCGUGCGGAAGCUCAAAAGAGCACGUGGGAGCACAGUCCGGAUUCGGACUCGGAGACAGAAGAUUCAGAUCCCUCCAGAGGUCGCAGGGGCUACCACCGGGUUUCCAAUCCAGAAACAAGCAUGCUGCAGCCAUCAUCGGGCCAAGAUGGCAACCAAAAUGUCAACAUCACGCCACCGGAUGAUACCAUCCUGGGUCGACGGUCACUCCGGGUUCGAGCCAGCGGUGCCAGCAGCAGCACGCAUGGGCUCACCAUUUCCACGGCCAAUUUAAGUGAUCAUGAUAAAUCAUUCUCCCCGCGGGUGUCUGCACCAUCUCCCUUGAAAUCUGCACCGCCGGUCGUGCUAUCCGCCGAAUCUGAGCUCCAGAGAGCGGUGCGAGGCCUCGGUACUGGAAACCAGCUUCAAUCGUCGCCUGAGAGAGCAUCCUCCCGAGAAAGACGCUAA